AAAAAAAAAAAAAUCAGAACACCCCAGAACAAAGAUUCUGUGCAAGCACACACACUCUAUCUAUAAUGGGAUCAGCAUCAUCAUCAUCAUCAUCAUCAGUCCAAUUUCAAUUCCUAACAAUAAGACCUCUGAUUCUCCAACACAGAAGAUCAAGAUUCUUCACAUCUCAAUCUCAUCAUCAAUGGCGGAAAAUUCAGUAUUGCAAUGGUGAUCGUGCUUUUGGACUCUCCCAUCUCCAUAAUCCUCAUCGUUCUUCUCCUAAUCCUCUUCUUCCGCUUCGCCGUCGUCUUCUUCUUCCUCUCUCUCCUCUUCCUCCUCUGCUCCGACCUCGUCCACCUACUCUUCGACAUCCUCUCUCCUCGAUGACCACCGCUUCUCUCUCCUCUCCCAACGACCACCCCUCCACCAAAACGGUUAGGGUUGUGGUGAAGGGGAGAGUACAGGGCGUGUUCUACAGGAAUUGGACGAUCGAUAACGCGAACGAGUUAGGGCUCAAGGGCUGGGUGAGGAACAGGAGGGAUGGCUCCGUCGAGGCUCUGUUUUCCGGAAACCCUAACUCGGUUGAGGAGAUGCAGCAGCGCUGCCGCCGUGGCCCACCGGCGGCCGUCAUCACGGGACUCGAGGUUUUCCCCAGCACCGACGAUCCUGGCUCUGGAUUCGACUGCAAACCCACGGUUUGAUCAUCUCUUGGAAAAUUGAAAAAAAAAAAUGUCAUCUUUGAUGUCUAGUCUCCUCUUCUUUGCUAUGUACUUCGAUUAGAUUGUUGUGUUGAAUAUAUUUUAUAUAUGUAUAUAUAUAGAAUGGAUAAUGUCGGGGCUUAUCUAUCUAAGUUUUUUGUAUUAAGUGAUGAAUUUA